AUGUCUAUUACCACAUUACUAAUUAGCCUUCUCCUAUGUAUCAUUCUCUCACUUCUCACCCCAACAGCUUCCUCAUCAUCGUCCGACGAACAACUCUCCUCGUGGUGCAAGGAAACCCCGAACCCGGACACCUGCGCCCGGUUCGUGACCCGAACCGCCCACCCGAACUCCCGGCCCAACCAGCGGGCCGCCUUCCGUGAGAUGAACAUCGAGGCCGCCCUCAGAAAGGCCCUCGACGUCCAAAGCCAACUCAUCAGCUUGAAGUCCAAAUGCCGAACCCCACGAGAAACAACCGUGUGGGGCGACUGCACGAAGCUCCACGCCAGCACCGUCCGCCACCUCAACAGCACGCUCAGCUGCCUGCGUGGCCCGGCCCGGUGCACGGACUUCGACGCGCAGACGUGGCUGAGCAGCGCGCUGACCAACGUGGAAACCUGCCGGGCCGGUUCGACCGACCUGAAGAUACCCGGUUUCGUCGCGCCCGUGGUCGAGUCGAGCAACCACCUGUCGGAGCUGAUCACCAACACGCUGGCGGUCAACGGCGCGCUGCUGACUGCCGAAGAGAAGGAAAACGCCAGCGCGGAUGACGAGUUCGUCCCCAACCGUUGGAUGAAGAGAGGGGAGAGGAAGCUUCUGGAAGGUUCCAUCGCGUCGGUGGAUAUUAGAGCGGAUGCCGUGGUGGCGAAGGACGGGUCCGGUGGGUUCGCGACGGUUCAGGCGGCGAUCGAUUUCGCGGCGAAGAGGAACGAGUCCGGGGAGAGGUUUGUGAUACGGGUGAAAAGGGGUGUUUACGUGGAGAAUAUUGAGAUUCUUGACGGUAACCAUAACGUUUGGCUCGUCGGCGACGGGAUGGCGGACACGGUUAUCACCGGCGACCGGAACGUCGGGAGUGGGUCCUAUACUACUUUCAGUUCCGCCACUGCUGGGAUUGAUGGCGCCCGCUUCGUAGCACGAGGAAUCACGUUCGCGAACACAGCCGGGCCGGAAAAGGGACAGGCGGUGGCUCUCCGAUCAGCCUCCGACCUCGCCGUCUUCUACCAAUGCAGCUUCCAAGGCUACCAGGACACCGUCUUCGUCCAAACCCAGCGCCAAUUCUUCCGGGAGUGCCACGUGUCCGGGACCGUCGACUUCAUCUUCGGCAACGCCGCCGCCGUCUUCCAAAAAUGCCUGAUCUUCGUCCGCAAGCCGAUCUUGGGCCAGACCAACAUCAUCACCGCGCAGGGCAGGCUCAACGCCUUCGAGCACACCGGGAUUUCCAUCCACAACUCCAAGAUCCUGCCGUCGCCGGAGCUGAAGAUGGCGGCCCCCGGUCAGUUCGAGACUUACUUGGGCAGGCCGUGGAUGAAGUACUCGCGGUCCGUCAUAAUGAAGUCUUACUUGGACCGGAUUGUAAACCCAGCGGGCUGGUCCAAAUGGGGCGGGACGGACUUUGGGCUCAACACUUUGUAUUUCGGUGAGUACAAGAAUUUUGGGCCUGGAUCGUCGUUGACUUCUAGGGUCAAUUGGAAAGGAUUUCAUGCUAUUCCCGAUGUUGUCACGGCGAAGCAUUUUACCGUUAAUGGGCUCUACGCCGGCCGAUCGUGGUUGCCGUCCACUGGGGUUCCGUUCAAUGACGGUCUUUAG